CGUUUAAUUAGUGACACUAAAAUGAAAUCCGCCAAACCACGUUCCUGUCGUGGACCCUCAGAACUCCCUUAAUGGACCCCUAAAUUCUCAUCAACCACCUUCAGAGAACCACAGGCUGCUGUUAAUGGCUCCAUCACUUACAGGCGGAGGCGCCUCUUUAACAUUCAGGGGGGUUAAGCCACCAGCCUUGAUGAUGGAGGCGUUUGUUAGGCAGCAGGUGAGCCCUUUAACGCGGGGAGGGAGCUGCGGGUCGCCACAUCUCACCGCAUCCAGUCCUGACGGGCUGCUGGGCUCGGAGUGCGCGUCUCGCUUUGGAAAGUUAUCUCCUCCAUCAUAUUAAUGGGAUAAUAAUGUGAUUGAUUGGUCAUCUCCCGGGGGAAGUGGUCCUCUCUGCUUCCUGAGAGUGCAGGGCUCAUCAGACCACUCGCAGCUGACUCAGGAAGGAUUCCUGCUGCUGAACGCUCGACCAGCUCAGUGGGGGGUUUCAGCCCGGCUUCUCCCGGUUGGAGGACGGUCCUCCUUACUCCACCGCUGCGGUGUAGCUCCCAGCUUCCCCGGUGGGGACCACAGACGCGGAGGAGGAGGAGGAAGAGGAAUCAGGACGGCUGAGUCCCGUUGCGAUGCAUGGAGGCUGCUUGGAAAUGCUCCCCGGGUCUCCGGAGCGCAUGAGGCGGUUCCUGCCGACCGACGGGCCGCAGCACCGGGCGGAUCCGGCCGCUGAUCCGCAGCUCCACCGAGCUGCCACCCCAUAGGCUCGGCCUGAGCAGCAGGGCUCGGCUCGGUAUCAGCCGAGCGGAGGCACAUCCUCCGACAGCGCUGUGAUCGGGGAGCCAAAGGGCUGCAUCACAUCUGCGCCGCAGUGGUGACGGGUACCGUGUGAGCCAUCGGGGGGGCAUCUAUGCAAUUUUUGUCUCUUGUUUCAUUUUAUUAUGAGCACAGAGGAGGGAGAGGAGGGUUCAGCCCGCGCGGAGGCGAGGGGAGGCACCGCCAUCACCCACCGCCACACCUGGCAUGAAGGCGAACCGCACGGCUCCCAAGGACGUCCGCAACCCGACGACGAGGACGAGGCAGAGCAGGGAGGGGAGGAAGAGGAGGCAGAGGGCUGCCGGGAGGCCCGGAGCUGCGGGGAUGCGUGCGGGGCCGACAACGCGGGGAAUUUUUCCAGUGAGGACGGGGCGGUCGGGGGCUGCAAGCCGCAGGCGAUGCAUUCAAACUGCAGCAGCGAAACCUGCAUCCCCACUCCCAGCUGCAGGAUCUGUUUCCAAGGCGCAGAGCAGGGCGAACUGCUGAACCCGUGUCGGUGCGACGGCUCGGUGCGUUACACCCAUCAGCACUGCCUGCUGAAGUGGAUCAGCGAGCGAGGAUCCUGGACCUGCGAGCUCUGCUGCUACCGCUUCCACGUCAUCGCCAUCAACAUGAAGAGGCCGUGGCAGUGGCAGUCCAUCACCAUCACCCUGGUGGAGAAGGUGCAGAUCAUCGCGGUGUUCCUGGGCUCUCUCUUCCUGGUGGCCAGCAUCUCCUGGCUGCUGUGGUCAGCCCUCAGCCCACAGGCCAUCUGGCAGCGCCGUGAUGUCCUCUUCCAGAUCUGCUAUGGCAUGUAUGGCUUCAUGGACCUGGUCUGCGUAGGCUUGAUCGUCCACGAGGGGGCAGCAGUGUAUAAUGUCUUCAUGCGCUGGCGGGCCGUCAACCUCCACUGGGACGUCCAGAGCUACGAUAAGGCAAAGGACAUGGAGGAGACGAGCACUGGCCAUUCCUCACUGGCCCCCAGGACGCUUUGGUUGCCUCUCGUCACCUUUGGACCCAACGGCCCCUUACACCCCACCCAGCUGGGGCCGCAGCCAUGGACCUGCCUCUGUUUGGCCCCCUUCUGCCCCGGCUUGUUGCCCCGAAACAACCUGAGCCAGGACACUGACUCCGGAGAGGUCGUCAUUCGUGUAACAUCAGUGUAACGCCAGGCGGUAUUUAUGCAGGAACAAAGCAUCUGAUGGUUUACACUCAGUGGUAACAAGCUGAGCUUCUCCAGGCAGUUGAUAGGAUAACGUGGUUGGAUUUAUUUUUUUUUUAAUCUGAUUUUACAAAAUGUUUUCCCACUGAAUUAGGAUUAUUUGUCUACUCUGGGGCUGGUCCUCACAACAGUCUCAGCAGUUAAAGUGACUGACGUGUGGUGUUGUUGCCUUUGUGUUUUAUUCUCAGCAUAUACUGAACCACGACCCACACUCACCUUCACCUUUUCUUCAUCCAGUAGCCAUGUGAAAUAAACGCAGCUAAGGACUGAUGUGUACUGAGGCAAAACAUCUUAACAUUAACUUCAGGUAUCCUGCUAAUGCUUAAUUUUACAGCACCACCGUUUCCUGUGAUUUGAUAGAAAGAAGCUGAUAUGUAACUGUACACUGGGAACAUGGAGACUAAGUUCGAAGGAUUCACCUGUCAUAAUUCAAUUUCCAAUAAAAGAGUUUAUUAUUGGGUUUACUGGGUUUUACUUUGGUUCAAAUGGAGCCGUUAUUUCAAGGGAAUUCUUCUUGAAAUCAACAAUCCAUUUGUAAAGUGAAGUCCCUGGCUCAGAACUUGGUCUCUAUUCUCCUUGUAAUUAGCAUCAAAUUGUUAGAACAUUUUGGGCCUGUAAAAUAAAGCAUUGAUUAUGUAUUACAGCAGCAAGUCUGUAGGUCUAAAGCCUCGUCAGUAGCCAUGUGAAGUUAUCAUAAUCAUUACACAUCAGAAAACAUUCGCUGGAUGGCUGCAAACUGAGAGGAAACGAAUAUUCCGGGACGCUUACCACUGCUGGUGCAAAAACCUAUCAGUCUAAGCUAGACUUGGUGUGGGUGUGUUCAGACUCACUGCGAAGGGGAUUUUAGUGGUGCUACUGUUGCACAUUCGGUCAAUGCACAUUUCCUCAAGGCAGCACAAAACUGAGACGAAGAUUUGUAAGUUUGGCCUCCUGCCAAAUCAGAAAUCGGUCGUCACGAACACAAUGAGCACAAUAAAUACGUCAAACCACCGGUAAUUUAGCCUGACUAUCAGGCUAACUGUUGUAACAUGGAUGUAGCCAAGGCUGGGCGUACACUGUACGAUUACAGCCUGUUUCUACCUACUUUCUGAGCUGCACAACUCAUUUUAUAGUUAGGUCAAAUAUCAGAUGAAUUUCUGAUACGUGACCAGCUGACCAUCACACCAACAAAGCUGUUCAUGACAUUGCAGCUCUAACAGCUUCCACUCUUCUGUGAAGGCUUUCCACAACAUGUUGGAGUGUUUCUGUGGGAAUUUGUGCCC